AUGAAAAAUUAUAGCCAAUCAGAAGUUCCCAACGAUAAAACGGACUCCAAACAGAUUGAUCAGUUGGUCCUGGCUGGAUUGUUUCGACAGAGCCAAAAUGAGAAAACGCCUUCAUUCACUAGUUACCUGAUCAGGGACAAAGAGGAAAAAAAUGGUGAUGUCUUGGCCAAACAGGCUCCUGGCAGCAAACCGGCCAGCAGAGAGCUGAGCCCAGAUCCCAGCACAGAGGAAGCCGGCUCAGAAAAAGAACAAUCAACAGAAAAAAAAGAGCAAAUAAAAGAGCAGGAGAAGAUAGCCGAACCUAAACAGGAAAAAGGGGGAAUAUUCAGCGGGUUGUUCAAAAAGUCUCUGAAACCAACAAAAGCUGCUCAAACUGACGAGGACCAACAGUCUGUACAUGAUAACCUGUGGGGCAGUAAUGAUAACAUGUCUGAAAACUCAAAGCCGGAGAAAGGAGGCCUUUUCCGUGGAAUAUUAAAAAAAUCUCCCAAACCGUCUGAGGUGCCCCGACUAGAGGAGGGGAAAGUAGGUUUGUUUAGUGGACUCCUCAGAAAGACUCCCCAAGCAACUGCAGAGGCGAUUCUAUCAGCGCAGAAAGAUCUCUCAGCCAGCAAUGACAGGCUCUCUGAAGCUGCUAACGCAAAGGAAACAAAGUCACAUGUCGAUGAGCUCUCAGACAGCAGUGAUGCUCUUAACACCAAGGAGAAAGGUGAAGGGCUGUUCAGCCAACUGCUCAAAAGAAAAACAUCAAAUUGUGUCUUUCAGGAACAAGAAGCUCCAAAAAAGCAGUCAGGUGGCAAUGAUAGCCUGCCUGAGAAUAACACCACGAAGGAGCUGAAGGUGAUCAGAGAAAAACGGUUAUCUGGGAGCUGUGAGAAUCUGUCUGACCCCAGCGUCCCAAAGGAGAAAAAAAGUGGCCUGGCGGGCAUCUUUAAAAGAUCAGCCAGUAUCGACAACCUGUUUGAUGAGGAGAAAGGGGGGCUGUUCAGCGGACUGAAGAGAACACCCAAAGCGCCCGGAGACACUGUAGAGGACAAAGAUGACCAGAAGGAGCUGUCAACAAUUAAUGGCAGUCUCUUUGACAACACCAGGGAAUCAAACGAGGAUAAGAAGUUAUCUGCCAGCUGGGAAAAUCUGUUAGAAGCAAACACAUCAAAGGAGAAGACUGGAGGACUGGCAGGGAUCUUCAAGAGGUCUUUCAAACCAGCUCCGCGCUCAAUCGCAAAUGAGGAUCCUCUCAGUGACACAUUGGAGUUGUCUGCCAGCUGCGAUAGCCUUGCAGACACUACCAAGGAAAGUGAGGACAUGGAGGCACCGGAAGGAGGCAGGCUGAGACACAGGAGAACCAUCAGGAAGAAAAGACGAGUUGUGUCAUUCCGAGUCAAGAAAACUCUUCCCAAAAUACCAACACUGGAUGUACCUUCACAGAGUUCAGACAAGAUGCCUCUUAUUGAGGAGGCUGUAGAGCUGCAGGAGCUGAACCGAGCACAGGAGAGCACAGUAGAGGUCCACACUUUGGAGAUGGCAGCUUACACUACUGAAGAUAACCCUCUAGAAUCUGAGGAGGAAAAUGAUGAUUUGAUGGAGUGGUGGAACACAGUCAAAGGAUGGGCAGAGUGGAACGAGACAUCUAAUUUCUAUGAAGAUGAUUGCCAAAUGUCAAUGGAGCAGGCAGCUGACCGUGUCUACAUGGCAGCCCGUCUCUUUGUGCGUCUUUUCAACAAGCGGGGGGCGUCCUUACAGCAUCGCAUCCUGGAGCUUUUGGCUCUGGCCGACGCUGCCGAUGACUUCCACAAAAAAACGGUGAAAGCUGCUGUGGGUGGAGGGGUAGCCAGUGUUGCUGGCAGCCUGGCAACAAUCACGGGGCUCAUUCUGGCACCAUUCACCUUUGGUGCCUCUGUUAUUGUCACAGCAGUGGGGAUCAGUGUGGCGACGGCGGGCAGCAUCACCUCAGCAACAGCCAACAUCACAGAUACAGUUCACUCUAACAUGGACCGUAAGAAGCUUGAGAAGAUGAUCCAGGGCUACCAGGAGGAGAUCAGCAACAUCAGGGAGUGUUUGGAGUUUGUGCAGGCAGGAAUGGACACCCUGCAAGAGUGGGACUUUGAGAAAUACUCAAAGAGCGCAACCAAAAAGGCUCUAAACCACAACGUCCGGCAUGUGAUGAAGGAGGGUGGCAUGGCCGGAAAAGCCCUGUUGAUAAACACAAACAAACUGGUCACUACUGUGCAGGUUUUGGGCGCUGCAGGCGGUGUUGCCAAAGCCGCCAAGGCCAUCAGCAUUACCACAGGGGUGAUGUCGGCGCUCUUCCUGGCUCUGGAUAUUUUUUUCCUCGCCAAAGACUCCCACCAACUCCGCAAGGGCGCCAAGACCAAAUUUGCCACCAAGAUCAGGGAGGUGUGCAAAGAACUCCAGGACGGCCUUCUGGAGUUGAACAAGGUAAAGACGCAGCUGCAGAAGACCAUGGACGGCAUCGAGGUGGAGGAGUAUGAGGAGGUGGAGGAAGUAGAGGAGGAAGUCGAGGACGAUCCCAGGAAGUUGGCUGAGCUGGAGCAGGAACUGGACCUACUGGAGGAGCAACUGGACAGGAAGGUUGAGGAGGAGCAGAAGAGUAAAGAGAUGGGGAAGGAGCAAAUGAAAAGUAAGAAGAAAAAGAAGGAGAAGAGCGUGAAGGAAAAAGAAGAGCCAGAGGAAAAGAAGGACCAAGAGGAGAUGGCAGAUAAGGAUGCCAAAGCAGUGGGAAAGAAAAAAAGUAAGAAGGCAAAAGGUGAGGGAGAAAGCAAGAUUGAGUCAAAAUUAGAGAAGUUUUCUGAAGAGGAAAAGGAGCAGAAAAAUGAGACUGUCAAAGCAGAUAAAAUGGAUGUUUUAAAACAACAAUCUCAGAUAGGAAAGAAGAACAACGAAACUGAGAACCACAAGGAUAAAGAGAAAAAGAAUACUGGAAAAGAGCACAAGGAAAUAAAGAGGAGAUCAUAUAUAGAGAUAGAGCCUGAAUGGAGAUUAGUGAAUACAGAGAAAGAGCUGGAAAGUGGGAGUACAGGGAGAAGCAGGCAUAGGAGCGACAAAGAUCCACCCAACAGGACUGAAAGAGGGAGCAAACAGGAAAGGAAAGAAAGCGGUAAGGAUAGAGUUGGCGACAAGGACAGAAAACAAAGUGAUGUAACAGAGAGCUGGAGGACAGAGGAGGAGAGAGGAGUGAGGGAUUGGAGAGCUGAUGUGGCAGAAGGUAGAGAGACGCAGAGAGAAGAAAGAGAGACGGAGAGAGGGACGGAAGAGGAAGUUCAGGGGAAAAGCGAUGUGAGGAAGGAGCGGCAUCUAUGGCAGGAACUGGCGAUGGGGAAAGAGGAUUGGGAAAGAGAGCGUGAGAGCAGCAGGGAGGACUUAAAGAGGAGUCACCGCAGGAGAGGAAUUGCUUGGCAUGAUAACCACAUGGAGAGGGGUGGGGAGAAACAGGGAAGCAGGAGCGAGAAGAGGAAGUUUAGGAGAGCAGGGGGUGAGAAGGAGGAGGAGAGGGGGAAGAAGAAAGAGGAUGGAGAGAGGAGAGGAAGUGACAGAGGCAUAGAGAAGGAACACAGGCACCAAGGAUCUGUACGGGGCUCCAAGACGCUGCUGGAAGAUGGUCUGUAUAUUUAAUUUUAAAGAUCUUAUCUGCUGCCCUUUUACUUUUUGAGGCAUUUUAGGCCUUUAUUAGUCUAUAUCCACGACGUUCCACUUCUGAGAUUGUUCAGCGGCGCCGGAAAUUCUGCCUGAUGUCUUUUAUUGUUCCUCAGAUCUCCGCAGGGUAAAUCCAGACAGCUAGCUAGAUUAUCUGUCCUGUCUGAGUUCCCAACUCACAUAAACAUGUAUCACCCAAACAAGUUCCUUCCUAAGGAUAUUUUGCAGAGGACGAUUGUGAUUGGUUUAAAGAAAUGCCAAUCAACCAGAGCAUGUUCUUCUCUCAUCCCGGAAUGACUAGCCAGACCCUACUCCACAGCGCUGUGGAGGAAGGUCUGGCAAUGCGAGACUAGGCCUUGAUCUGACAGGAGAGUUUAGACAUGAUAGGAGAGGGAGACGGGAAUGACAUGCAGCAUAGGGCUGCAGGUCGGAACCAAACCCGCGUCCACUGCAUUGAGGACUGAACCUUUUUAUAUGGGCACACGCUCCACCAGGUGAGAUAACCUGGCGCACAUUGUGGCACUUUUAAACAUUAAUACGAUUCAGUCAUGCUGGCUAUUAAGAGUUGGGUUUUUAAAAUUUCUGCAGAAACAAAUGUAAAUAGAAGAUGAAAACAUUUCCAACUGUAGAGAAAAGGAAAGACUGGUAAUGGUCGUCAAGUCUGAUAUGAGGAAGCCUGUCUUCCUACUUUGGAUUUCUUUCUCUCCAGUUCACUGUGAAUAUAGCAGGAGAAAAAAAAUCUGCCUGUUUGUACAGUUGUAAGUUUAGACCGUAUUCUUCACAGAAACCCAUAAUAAACAUAGAGAAUUAAGUUAAAAUGUAAUCAAGUUACACAUUGAAAUGUUUUUGACUUCCUAAGGAGAGUAUAUGACAGAAAAAGGUUG